UUGCAUGUGUCAAAGUCAAACAAUCAUUAAAUUAGGUUAUGUAAUAUUUACGAAAAUUUUAUAUAAUUAAUAAUAAUGGCAGUAAUUUUAAAAGGCUGGAGAUUUGCCGUAUUCUUAGGAGUAAUAGUUGGAGGUAUCGGUUUAACGUUAUAUCCAGUAGUUAUCGAUCCAAUGAUUAGUGCCGAUAAGUACAGUAAAAAAAAUUCAAGAGGAAGCAUCGAAACAAUUACGACCGCGUACACCCCCAAAUUGAACCCAUACAACUAAUUUUUAAUUAUUUAAGUAAUUUGUAAUUUAAGUAGAAUAAAUGAUUUGAUAAAUCGAAAAAUUGAGAUUUUAUGCACUCCUUUACCGCAUAUUUCAGUAAUUAUUCAAAGGAUUCUGCU